AUGAGCCUGAAGACGAUGUUUCAAAUGUCGUAUGGCUGCACACCCGCCGCUGCGGGGGCGCAAUGCUCGCUCAUCGAUAUGGUGAACUUCCGGACUGCUGCCAUGACGCCGGUGUGGGCCAACUGCUCAGCGUUCCUCAAGCUACCCCAAGGCACAACGAUCGACAAGGUCAUGCCCAAGGACGACGUUACGUCCCUCCCAGCCGGAUUCUGUAACUCGACGUGCCCGCAGUACCUCUUGUCUGUGAUGCAAUCACUCCCUUCGUGCACAUCGGGUGGCAAGAACAUCUCGGACCCCUCGGUGGUUUACACACUUUGCCCCAAUGUCAAGCCCAACAAGUCGGGCGCCUCGACAUUGAGUGUUUUCGUCUGGAGCUAUGGCGUUGUGCUUGUGACGGCCGUCGCAACCCUUUUGUAG